ACGCGGCGGUAGCUCCGGCCAGUCAUUACAGAAUCAAAAUGGUUGAAGCAGAUCGUCCUGGGAAACUGUUCAUUGGGGGCCUGAACACAGAGACUAAUGAAAAAGCCCUUGAGGCUGUAUUCGGCAAAUAUGGACGCAUUGUGGAAGUUCUCUUGAUGAAAGAUCGUGAAACCAACAAGUCCAGAGGAUUUGCAUUUGUCACCUUUGAGAGUCCAGCAGAUGCAAAAGAUGCUGCCAGAGACAUGAAUGGAAAGUCAUUAGAUGGGAAAGCAAUUAAAGUGGAACAAGCAACCAAGCCAUCCUUUGAAAGUGGUGGCAGGCGUGGGCCGCCACCCCCUCCACGAAGCAGAGGUCCUCCCAGGGGCCUUAGAGGUGGAAGAGGCGGAAGUGGCGCGAGAGGACCACCUUCAAGAGGGAGUCACUUGGGGUCUUCUCGAGGGCCACUUCCUAUGAAGAGAGGUCCACCUCCACGGAGUGGCGGUCCACCACCUAAAAGAUCUGCACCGUCAGGACCAGUGCGUAGCAGUAGUAUGGGAGGAAGAGCUCCUGUGUCACGUGGAAGAGACAGCUAUGGUGGUCCUCCACGCAGAGAGCCAAUGCCAUCCCGAAGAGAUGUCUACAUGUCUCCAAGAGAUGAUGGCUAUAGCACUAAAGAUGGUUACUCAAGUAGAGAUUAUCCCAGUUCCAGGGAUACACGGGACUAUGCACCACCUCCACGAGACUAUGCGUAUCGUGAUUAUGGUCAUUCCAGUUCACGUGAUGAGUACCCCUCUAGAGGCUAUAGUCUUUCCUCUUACAGUGAUCGUGAUGGAUAUGGUGGUGGACGUGACAGAGACUAUUCAGAUCAUCCAAGUGGAGGCUCCUACAGAGAUUCAUAUGAGAGUUAUGGUAACUCACGUAGUGCUCCACCUGCACGAGGGCCCCCGCCAUCUUAUGGUGGAAGCAGUCGAUAUGAUGAUUACGGCAGCACACGAGAUGGAUAUGGAAGCCGAGAAAGUUACUCAAGCAGCAGAAGUGAUGUCUACUCAAGUGGCCGUGAUCGUGUUGGAAGACAAGACAGGGGUCUUCCCCCAUCCAUGGAAAGGGGCUAUCCACCUCCUCGUGAUUCAUACAGUAGUUCAAGCCGCGGAGCACCCAGAGGUGGUGGCCGUGGUGGAAGCCGAUCUGAUAGAGGUGGAGGCAGAAGCAGAUACUAAAAACAUUCUUAAACUUUUGGACCAAGACAGAUUACUUCUCAAACAAAUGAAAAGUGGAAGUUGUUCUAUCUUUACUACCAGAGGACUACUAAAGGAAAAGUUGUUUUUACCUUUUUUUUUAUUGUUGCCUGUUAAGUUUUCCCCUCCAUGACUUUUAUGCUUUUGUGAGGAAAAGUUAAACCAAUGUUUAAUUUCAUUUCAAAAUUGUUAACAUUUCUUUCAAAAAGCAGAUGUUAAAUGUAUAAAACUUGAGCUGUGUACUAGUGUUGUAAUUUUCAAAGUAAAGUUUCCCUGAAAUGCCA